AGUGGAUCCCAUAUAAGUGAAGAGAUGAGAGCUGAAGCCACAUCCACAUCCACCUGCAGCAGCUGUGUCCAGGCAUUAAUUGUAGAAGUGAAACAAAGGAAGAAGUGAAACAUGUCUUCCCAGCUGGCGACUUCUAUCAUGGGCCUCAUUAAAGUGUUCCACUCCUAUUCUGGAAAAGAAGGUGACAAGUACAAGCUGAGCAAAGCGGAGAUGAAGAACCUCUUACAGGGGGAACUCAGCGAUUUCCUGAAGGGGAGCAAGGACCCCAUGGUGUACGAUAACAUAAUGAGCGACCUGGAUGAAAACAAGGACGGCGAAGUGGACUUCCAGGAGUUUGUGCUUCUGAUUGUUGCGCUGACUAUUGCCAGCAAUGAAUUCUUCAUAGACUUCCAGAAGCGCAAAUAAAAAGCAAGGAGGACCCUGGUUAAUUAUUAAAUCUAUAAUCCUUUCUUUACAUAAUUUAUAUUCUACAUUUUAGGGAUGUAGAUGUUUGAAUCAUUCAUCAGAGCAAAGUGUUGUAAUGUUGCAAAAGAUCACUGCAAACAAAUUCAAUAAUCAUUUUUCCUUCUGUCCUUGAGAAGU